AUGAGUCCGCACAAGAGUCGCAAUGUUGGAUACAAAUUCGUGAAGAUUUCCUUGGGGGCAUUGCCAGCUUUAGCUGAGAGGUCUCCGCCUGCAAACAAAGUUGACUUUGAGAAAAAGUAUGGGAAGAUACUGGAUAUUCUGGACUCUCCUCUGACAAAAUACCAGGAAAGGGGAAUUCACACACUCUUGCAGUUUUACGAGCCUUCUUUACGUUGCUUCACUUUUGUGGACUUCCAGUUGUUGCCUACCUUAGAGGAAUACUCAUAUCUAAUGGGAGUUCCAGUCAAGCGUCAGGUUCCGUUCUAUAAUACUAUGGAGGUUCCUUCGUCUGACCAAUUGGCGCCUGCUCUUUAUUUGAGCCAGUCGUGGGUGAAAGCUAAUUUUGAAUCUAAGGUUAACCGUUCUGGUUUCUCCUUGGAGUGUUUGUUGAAGGAAGCUCAUGAUGUUGCUGACAAGGGAGCGUGGAGGGGGUUCAAUGCUUUAUUGGCCUUAUGUGUCUAUGGGAUAGUCUUGUUUCCCAACAUACCUAAAUUUGUGGACAUAAAUGUCAUCCGUAUUUUCAUGACAGGAAACCCAUUUCCUACUCUCUUGGAGGACGUGUAUCAUUCAGUGCAUUCUAGAAACCAUAAGGGAAAAGGAGGUGUUAUGAACUGUUGCAUUCCAUUGUUAUACUUGUGGUUUAAUAGUCAUAUGCCUUGCAAAUGA